UCCAGUUAGGGGACACUCAUCAGCUCAGAGCAGCUCUCUCUCUCUCUCUUUCGAUCUCUCUCUCCCUCAAACACCCCCACAGUCUCUCUCACUCCCUCUGUCCGUCUGUCUGUCCCUCUCUAUAAGACCUGCAUCUCCUUUCUUUUCUCCUCUUGUCAAACAGCAAUCAUGUCCUCAAACGGCGCUGACGGGGACCUGCUGCGGAUCCCUCUGGGGCUCAUCAACAGCGAGGGGAAGUAUCUGACUGCAGAGACCUUCGGCUUCAAAAUCAACGCCUCGGCCAGCAGUCUGAAAAAGAAACAGACCUGGACCCUGGAGCAGACUGGGGAAGACGGCAGCGCCGUGUUCCUCCUGUCCCACCUGGGUCGCUACCUUGCCACGGACAAAGACGGCAACGUUACCGCAGAUAGCGAGACGCGCGGCCGGGACUGUCGCUUCGUCAUCACGGUGCACGAGGACGGGCGGUGGUCGCUGCAGUCCGAGCCCUACGGCCGGUUCCUCGGCGGCAGCGAGGACCGGAUCACCUGCUUUGCGCAGACUGCCUCACCGGCGGAGAGAUGGAGCAUGCACCUGGCUGUACACCCUCAGGUCAACCUUUACAGCUUCGCCCGCAAACGCUUCGCCCACCUGAGCGCGCGGGGGGAGGUAUCAAUAGACCGGGAUGUCCCCUGGGGGGUCGACUCGCUUGUGACACUGGUCUACCGCGAUCAGCGCUACCACCUCGAGACCUCUGACAACCGGUUUUUGCGCAAUGACGGCAGUCUGUCCACCAAAACGGACAAGGACACCGGCUACAUGCUGGAGUUCCACUCCGGGAAAGUGGCAUUCCGCGACUGUAACGGUCGCUACCUGGCGCCCGUGGGACCCACCGGCACAAUGAAAUCUGGGAAGGGCACCCGGGUAGGAAAGGAUGAACUGUUUGGCCUGGAGCGCAGCCACGCGCAGGUCGUGCUGACUGCAGGCAACGAGAGAAAUGUCUCCACGAGGCAAGGCAUGGACCUGUCAGCCAAUCAGGAUGAGGAAGGGGACCAGGAAGUCUUUCAGCUGGAGAUGAGCCGUGAGGACAGGAAGUGUGCCUUCAGGACUGCUGCUGGAAAAUACUGGACACUCACAGCUACCGGAGGACUGCAGUGCACUGCCUCCACCAAGUCUGCCAAUAGUUACUUUGAAUUGGAGUGGCGUGAUGGCCGUGUGUGUAUUCGUGCAGCCAACGGCAAGUAUGUGACUGCUAAGAAGAACGGGCAGCUGGCUGCCACUGUCGACAACACCGGGGAGGCUGAACAGUUCCUGAUGAAGCUGAUCAACCGUCCAAUCAUCGUCCUCCGUGGGGAACACGGUUUCAUUGGGGCUCGAAAAGCUGGAAUGGCGACCCUGGACUCUAACCGAGCAUCCUACGAUGUUUUUCAACUGGAGUUUCAUAAUGGUGCUUACUCUCUUAAAGACUCUCAGGGGAAGUACUGGUGUGUUGGAGAUGACACGGCCAUAGCGUGCGGCGGCUCGUCACCUGUCCAGUUCCUGCUUGAGUUCUGUGACCUCAACAAGAUGGCCAUUCGCGCUCUGGGGGGGAAGUAUCUCAAAGGAGAUCACGCUGGAGGGCUUAAGGCGAGUGCAGACUCCCUGGAGAGCGCCACCCUCUGGGAAUAUUGAGAAAGCACAGCUGGACUUCUCCACUAUGCUUCAAACUAGAGAUAGAUACUGUAGGUAGCUGUUCUUUCUUUCUUCCUUUUGCAUAUGCGUGCGUGCCCGUGUGAGUAGUGUGUGUGUGUGUGUGUGCAGAGUUGUGAAUUUGUUUGGAUGGAUAUGUGGUGGAAAACAACGUCGAUGAGUGGAAGUCGUGGCACCAAAGCGAUAAAGGUGUUUAAUUUUUUUUUUUUUUUUUUUUUAAUUUCUCAGUCAUUUUCUCAUCGUACUGGGCUUUGUUACUGGAGGUUAGGAUUUUCAGCGGCUUGCUGUUAAAUGAAUGCAUUAUAGUGUGAUUGCACAGUAUUUGUCCCACUUCCAGUUAAACUUUACACAAGCCGUACCUGACAACUAUCAGGACAGUUAUUGUUAUAAGUUGUGCCUAUCUGUGGUAACUACUGGUGUAACGAACGUGUUGAAUGCUAUAACCCAUAACUCGCAGUAUCUAAACUUCUCCUGUUAAUCGUCCUGCUGGCUCUAUACGCUGCUUUCAUCUCCUAUUCUCUUUCAAACUGUAAAGUUUAGCUCUCAUCAGAUGAAGGAAUGUUACUGAUUUACAUGCUUCUGCUGUAAAUAAUGCUUUCUUUGUCACUCAAUGAUUCAAAUCAUAGCGACCGGGGAAAAUACAGAGGGCAUAUGGCAGGCACAUCUAACAUGUUUUUGCCUGCACACUCUUAGUGGAUUCAGUCUCUGUGGAGAUGCAUCUUCGGGACAUAGUCAGAGGUCAGAGGAUUCUUAUUUAACUCUACAUUUCCUCAGAUGACUUUAAGCUUCUUAGUAUUCCAAGUAAAAUUAAUGAAAAUGAUUGAAAGGAGCUUUGAAACUCAGCCAUCGGGUGAAGGAGCCAUCAUAGCACAGGAAUCACACACAACAACACUCAAAAGCACACCAAUGUAAAUGCAUUCAUUCCAGCUGUUAAAACACAGCACCCUACAAUGAGCACAAUGUUACAGCGUCCUUUUGUUAAAAGCACACGUUUGUUGUGAUGAAAUGUCUGCCUUCGAUUGUGUACUGCUGCUGGUGUGUGAACACAAUGGGUAGAGUCAUCUGUCUGGCUGUGCCUUCCAUAGAGUAUUCUGUCUGUUCCCUCUCAUGCUCUUACAUUUAAAUCAAAUGAAAACUUCAAUAAAGUUUACCUUCU